GAGCUCCGCCUGCCUCUUUCAUUUAGCGUUACCAGGAAACAAUAUAACCAAUCAGAGUUGCGUAUAUUUGGCUGUGCUCUCUGAGUAGCCAAUAACAUACUCUGUUGUUGACUUGCUGCUGGAUUUCAAACGAUUUAGCAACCGACGAGUUACCAGGAAGCUCACAUCCCUCUCCAGAUGUCUUCAGAUGAUGAGGCCUAUGUCCCAGUAUUGCCUACGGAAUCAUUGUCUACAAGACGUCCUAAUCCACAGGAAAAUUCACAAAUAGCAGAGAGCACGGAGAACACUACCCGCAGAGAUGUGAGAAACAGAGACACUUCACAAGAUGGAGCUGAGAGUGCACAACCAAAUAUUCAAGGCUGCAUUGACUACACUGAAAUGGAUCUCUUCACCUCUGAGGAGAAUAUUACCAGGAUGGAAACAUUUCUUGACACAUGGAGCCAAAACCUGAAGACCAAUGUGCUGAGAGAGCUGAUGGACUGGAGGCUGGCCUUGAUAAAUCAACACAGGCGAGAGUUGCAAAAGGAAAGGGACUGCCGUUCAAGCGAAACCGAGGCCUACAAGGCAGAGCUGGAACGUCUGAAAAAUCUGCUCCACACCUCUGAGACUAACAACAAGCGAAAGGACGAGAUGAUUAGAAAUUUGAAUGUGGUGUUGAACAAACAAAAACAGAAGCUUGAAAAGAUGAGCGCCUUCACCAAAUGGAAACUUCAGUAUAGCAAAGCCAAAGAGGAGGCCUUUACUAGCAAGCUGGCGCAGCAGCACUACAAUUUGCGUCUGAAAAGGAAAGCGUGGUUGAUGUGGCACUCUGCCUACCUGAAGGAGUGGAAGGCCAGGAUGGAACAGGCAUGUCGCGCAAAAGCAGAAGAAGUGUGCAACCGGCUCUCGGAAAAUUACGAGGCACGGAUUCAAACGAUAACUAAGGAACACAAUGAGGCUUUAACGAAGGCACACGCAGAGAUCGAGAGACUGCAACUUGAGCAAGAACACAAAGAAGUGUGUAUGAAGAAAGCUCUGAUGAGGGGUGUGUGUGCUCUCAACAUGGAGACCCUCCACUUGUUUAAUCCCACGGAUGGAGAACCCCAAAACCAUGAUGGGUAUGAUCCCAAUUUUCCUCCUAAUGACCCUCCACCUCCACAUAGCUCAUUCCCACACGGGCCAGGCCCUGGCUUCCACGAUCAGGGAGGUGCGGGUGCGGGGAUAAGGAGCCAACAAAAACCUACAAAAAGUGGAACGGCUCGCAGUUCCACCCAGCAUGUCGGCAAGAGUAUGCGAAGCAAUCUGGAGAUGCCGAGUGUGGCUCCACCUAUGAGCUCCGCUCCUGUAGACUACCAUCAUCUGGUGACACAGCAAACUCUUGGUCAGGCUACCGCCUCCAAAUAUCCUCGCUCCUCUCAACACGGCGCCACUGGAGGCUGGUCUUCGUCCAGAAUGCACACCAGCACCUCAGACCCUCCACCACCUUGGGAUGAGCCUGAUUCUGCAGCCAUGGCUCAAUGUCCCGGUAGCAGCCCGGUUCACUUUGACCACCCAAAGUCUCCUACCCAACAUGAAGACAACAGCAUGAUGGGCGUGUGGUACACCAGAGAAGUCUUUCCGUCCCAAUCAGCUGCUCACGGUUCUUUGCCACAAGGGGCCGCCAUAAGUUUCCACAAACAGACCACUGCGCGGAUAAUCACGGCUGGCCAUCAGAAAUCGGCAAAAACGAUAACAGCCCGCAUUACAGCGCAACCAUUUGCCGCAAAGAGUGUACGCAGCAGCUGCCAAGUGAUGGGGGUAUCACCGUCCAUGAGCUCCAUUGUUGUCGAACGCCAUCAACCUAUUACACAGCACACGAUUGCUGUUACUGCCAAAAGUGUUCGCCCUUCCCAGCAGGGUACCCGCACAUGCACUGUUGUGAAGGCAUCCUCCAGAACAAACCCUUUUAAUGGACACUCUAUCAAAGUAGUUGAUUAAUUAAAUUACACACA